AUGUCGUCGUAUCGCAGCCACAAAAUAUACCUCGAAGAGGAGAAAAUAGUCGUCGCACUCGAUAUCGGGACCACAAUGAGCGCUGCGUCCUAUUCGCACCUCGCCAAGGGAUCCUACCCAUCAGUAGAUAUCGUGACGCAAUGGCCAGGGCAACCAAAUGCCAGUGGCUCCGCCAAGAUUCCAACGCUGGUCCUAUACGACGGAUCUCGAUGCGUGGCCUGUGGUGAGGAAGCGCUGAACUAUGAAUCAGAUAAUGACCAGGAGCAGAUGGCCAAAUGGUUCAAACUGCAUAUGCAUACAGAAUCUCUCAAGGAUCGCUCCCUCGAUAUCCCCCCUCUUCCGCGGGGUAUUGCAAUCAAGCGGGUUUACAAGGACUUUAUAGAAUAUAUGUUCCUACAUACUCAAAAGCAUUUUGAGUCCAAGGUGCCCAACGGUUCGUCGAUUUGGGCCCGGAAUCGGCCUCGUAUGGAGUUUGUUUUCGCUGUCCCAAACGGAUGGGACUAUGUGCCACAGCAGAUUAUGCGCGAAGCUGCAAUCGACGCCGGAUUAUUCCCCGCUUCCAGGGCCGACUCGCUACUUCGUUUUGUCACAGAGGGAGAAGCGUCAGUUCACUUCGUCUCGGUCUAUGGGUCCAUGAACCAUUGGCUGCACCUUGGCUCAACAUUCGCAGUCGUGGAUGCCGGUGGAUCAACCACGGACAGUACUCUCUAUACCUGUACCCAGACGACUCCAGAUGUUAUUUUAGAGGAAGCAGGGGUUAGUGAAUGCGUACAGGCCGCUGGUGUCAAUGUCGACGACGCUCUGAGGCAAACGCUCAGAGCCAAGCUUGCGAACUCCAAGUUUGGAGACGAGGAGACUAUCAAGUUCAUUGUCGAAGAAUUUGAAAAAAAGACCAAACGCUUGUUUGACGGCACGAAUGAGAAAAAUGUAAUCAAGUUUGGUGGAAAUCGGGACAUGGAUCGAGCCGUCGGGAUCUUCAAAGGACAAAUCAGUCUUGAGAAGGAAGAGGUUCUUGCCGCCUUCGAUCCUGUUCUAGACAAUAUUGCCGGCAGCAUCCGCCGUCUUACGAGUGAAAAGCGCCCGAAGUCCUUGCUUCUGGUCGGUGGUUUCGGAGAGUCACCGUAUCUCAAGUCUCGACUAAACCAACUCUUCGGCAUCCAAGGUAUCGAAAUUGUCACCUUGGAGCAGCCAACGAAGAAAGCUGCUGCUGAAGGAGCCAUGAUAUGGUAUCUAAAGAAUAUGGUCAUCACCCGAGUUGCCCGAGAAACGUACGGGACUGCCACAAAGGUUGUAUACGACUCCUGGCUUCAUUAUGAACGAAGUCAUCUUGUCGUACAGGAUCCAGACGGAACGAGAAGAAUCUCAGGCACGUUUGACCCCUGGGUCAAGAAGGGAGCGUCUGUCGAGGACGGAUUUUCGUACACUCUUGACUACCACUUCUCCUGGCCUCCCAUUGGAUACUCAAAGCCGAUACUGAGUGUUAUCGAGCUCGAGGUCUACAUGUGGGAGGGUGACAAUAUUCCGACUUGGGCCAAGGAAGAAAAUGGGGCGUUGAUGCCUGGGUUUCGGCGAAUCUGCACAGUAAAGGCUGAUGUCUCAGCCUUAAAUUCUCAUGGCAUUAAACUACAGCAAGGGCCAAAUGGUUCUUACUGGAGAGCUGAUUUUCAAGUCGCGGUGACUUUGCCUAUCGGAGGUGCCCAGCUCCAAGCACGAUUGCAAUGGCGCGAACAGGGUAUCCUAAUGCAAGGACCGGUAACCACCCUUGUUCACUUCGAUACCGUCAACGGUCAGCCAAGAUGGGAUGCACCACCAGCGUGGUCACCUUCAUUCGUCUGGGGAACAACUACCGGGGAAAAAUCGCUGAGGAAUCUAUGA